AAUUAAUAUAUUUUUCUAAAUGAGCUUUUCCAGCGUUUUUUCUAAAUCUAGCACAUUUUCCUUAGAUUAUAUUUGGAGAAUUCCUGUGGUGCUGGUUGGAACUGGGUCAGACUGAUGAGGAUCAGGCUGCUUCUGAGAUUCUCCAUGUCACUGCUUUAGGGAUCUUGUGAACCCCCUCACACGGCCGUCCUCGCUUGGCAGCGGGCACUGGCAGUGAACUGCAGCAUCUGGUAUUCAGGAAAUGUCCUUUCUCUUUUGGUUUGGGUAACUACUUGGAUGCUUUGUCUGCCCUGGAAAGCAACAAAACAAAUCCCAUGGGAUCUCCCCUCUGCAAGGGGAUGUUCUGAUGCACGCUGGAGAAAGACAAGUAAAAAGUCAUCCCUGGUUCACUCCAGUGCAAAUAUUCAUCCGUGCUCCCCCGGAGCAGCGCAUUUCCCAGUCAAAUGACCUGGAGCUCGGCAGGUUCUCGCUCAGCUCCAGCAGGAUGGGACAGACCCUCACGGCGAAGCAGUGCAGGAAGCAGUACCCCCAGGGUGCUCUGCUGGCUCUGUCCCAAGGCUGCAGGGCAGCUGAUGGAGGGGGCACCCUCGCUUCUGGUCACAAAGGGGUCGAACAGGCUCCGGCAGAUAGGACAGCUUUCCCACAGCUUUCCCUUUCCGGGUAGACUCGCCCACGCCGGGGAUGGAUAAUUGCUGUGGUGUUUCACUCCCCGGGCACUCUUGGGUAUCGUCAGGUUUUGUGUCACUCUUGUUUAGUUGUCAUCACAAGUCAGACCUGAUGAUUCAGGAAGUAACGUUUUUGAUGUAGUUUUGAAACACGCUUCUGUUAACCAAAGCACCUUUCUGUUGUGGGAUUUCUGGAGACAAACGCCUUUGGGGAAAUAUUUCCAGCUGAAAAAAAGUAAAUUAGUACUAGCCAGGUCACAAGGAGGAAGAAUAAACAGCCCUUCUCCGGUAGCAGGAUCCACAAGGGCUGGUAUAAAUAGAGGACUAUGGGGACAGAGGGAUCACAAUCGGCUCCUGCAGCGAUCUGUGCAGCUCGUCCUGGGCGCCGGGUCGGAUCCACGCUCGCACGAUGAGCUGUGCCGUCAGGCAGGUUGUUACUGCCUGUUCCCAAGGCAGGAGCAGCGCGGGCAGCUCCGCGGCUGGCAGCGGAAGGAAGGUCUCCUCCGCCUCCCCGGGGAGACACGCUACCUAUGACCUCGGUGCUGUGAUGGGCAACUUCUCUGGUGACAGUUUAAGCGAGGGAUUACUUGGGAAGCAGCUGAGCGCCGGCAGCGCUGCUGGUGGGAGCUUCGGAGCUACCCAGAGGGCUUGUUCUGCCCUUGGAUUCGGCGGUGGAGGCAUCUGCACGCGAGGUGGUGGUUUCACCAGGGCUAGUGCUGGCUGCGGUGAUGGGAUCUUAUUUGCUAACAACGAGAAGGCAACGAUGCAGAACCUCAACGACCGCCUGGCCUCCUACCUGGACAAGGUGCGGCUGCUGGAGGGAGACAACGCCGAGCUCGAGUGCAAGAUCAGAGAGUGGUACGCCAAGGUAGGGCCCAGCUGCGAACCACGGGACUACAGCUGCUAUCAUAAGGAGAUCGAAGACCUUCAGAACCAGAUCCUGUGUGCAGCCAUGGAGACUAACAAAAUCCUCUUGAAUAUUGAUAACAACAGGAUGACUGCUGAUGACUUCAGAGUGAAGUACGAGGCCGAGUGUGGUCUCCGGCAGAACGUGGACACAGACAUCUGCAACCUGCGCCCGGUGCUGGACCAGCUGGCGAGCUGCAAGACCGACCUGCAGCUGCAGUGUGAGGCCCUGACUGAAGAGAUGUGCUGCCUCAAGACGAACCACGAGGAGGAAAUGAGCUGUCUGAGGAAACAGGCCACUGGAGAUGUGAGUGUGGAGGUCAAUGCCUGCCCUGGCCCCGACCUGAGGAAGAUCCUGGAGGAUCUGAGGUGCCAGUAUGAAACGCUGAUGGAGCGCAACCGCAAAGAGACUGAGCAGUGGUACGCCUGCAAGGUGGAGGAGGUGAACCUGGAGGUCGUCACGAGCAGCCAGGAGAUCGAGUCAAGCAACAAACAGGUUACAGAGCUGAGACGUCAGCUGCAGGCCUUGGAAAUCAACGUACAAGCCCAGCUCACUAUGAAAGAAAACCUGGAAUCAUCCUUGGCGGAAACCGAAUGUCGCUACAACAAAUACCUGGCUGAGCUCCAGAACCAGAUCUCCUGCGUGGAGCAGCGGCUGGCUGAAAUACGAGCAGAAAUGGAGUGCCAGAACCAGGAAUACAAGACCCUCCUGGACGUCAAAUGCCGCUUGGAGCAGGAGAUCCAGACCUACCACUGCCUGCUGGAGGGGGGACAGCACGACAUCAUAGGGCCGGGGGCAAGAGGAGUCCCUGCAGCAGCAGCUGGAAGAAGCGGUGGGCUGAAAGCCGGCAUGUGCCAGCCCUGCGUGCCCUGAGCCCGUGCGCAAGGAUGUGCGAGGUGAGGUGUGCUCCGGGAGGCUGUGAGCAUGACCACGAACUGCUUUAGUCCUGCUACAUACGUGGGGAGGAGGAGGACGAGG